UUACACCAGUCUUCAGAAGUCACCGGUCAACCGGCUUCUUCCACCUCAGUAAAGCCUUAAGGUCACCUCAAUCUCUCGAAACCCACCAGUCCCAGAGGCCGACUAUUCUCAAGUGGAGGAGAGGGGAAGGCGUGCGGUGCAUGGAGCUUUGCCUGACUGCUCGCUCUCUCCUCCCCAGCCGUCUGAGAGCAGGCAAGAGGGGUCCUAGAACCGAGCCAUCGCUCCACACGCCCCACGCCCGCCACGCUGUGCUCUGCGGUCUGCCCCUGAGGGGCCCGGGCUCGGAGUCCCAGGACCACAGCCGAAACUCGCCCGCCCGCGCCCCUCUCCCGCUUGCGGCGCCCGCCCGCACCGCCGCCUGCCACCCGAGGCGACGCCGUCUGCUCCUUCCCACCCGCCAGGUGGCAGGUUCAGGGCCGGGGACGAGCCUGCCACCCCUGCCCUCCCCGCCAGGGGGCGAGAGUCCCAGUCAGGACACGCACGCUGCUGCCUUGGCGUGAAGGUGGUUUCAAACUUUAAACUUCGCUUCCCUACCCGUCGUCUCUGAAGAGGUGAGAGGAAGAUGGAAACCGAGUCCAGGCCGCAAACAUCAAAUCAGAUGCAAACAGAUUCAUUAUCUCCAUCCUCUAAUCCUGUGUCACCUGUGCCUUUGAAUAACCCAACAAGCGCCCCAAGAUAUGGAACAGUGAUCCCUAAUCGCAUCUUUGUAGGAGGAAUUGACUUUAAGACAAAUGAAAGUGAUUUAAGAAAAUUUUUUUCCCAGUAUGGGUCUGUGAAAGAAGUGAAGAUUGUAAAUGACAGAGCUGGAGUAUCCAAAGGGUAUGGUUUCAUUACUUUUGAAACACAAGAAGAUGCACAAAAAAUUUUACAAGAGGCUGAAAAACUUAAUUAUAAGGAUAAGAAGCUGAAUAUUGGUCCAGCAAUAAGGAAACAACAAGUAGGGAUCUCCCGUUCUAGUAUAAUGCCAGCAGCUGGAACAAUGUAUCUAACAACUUCAACUGGAUAUCCUUAUACUUAUCAUAAUGGUGUUGCUUAUUUUCAUACUCCAGAGGUAACUUCUGUCCCACCACCUUGGCCUUCACGUUCUAUAUCUAGCUCCCCUGUGAUGGUAGCUCAGCCCAUUUAUCAGCAACCUGCAUAUCACUACCAGGCCACUACACAGUAUUUACCAGGACAGUGGCAGUGGAGUGUUCCUCAGUCUCCUGCCUCUUCUGCUCCAUUCUUAUACCUACAACCUUCUGAAGUUAUUUAUCAACCAGUGGAAAUUGCACAGGAUGGUGGAUGUGUUCCUCCUCCACUGUCUCUGAUGGAAACUUCAGUUCCAGAGCCUUAUUCUGAUCAUGGAGUUCAAGCAACAUAUCACCAGGUUUAUGCUCCAAGUGCCAUCACUAUACCUGCACCUGUGAUGCAGCCUGAACCAAUUAAAACAGUGUGGAGCAUUCAUUAUUAAGACAAUUGGGCAGCUCUAGUCCAGCUCAACUGAUUUCUUGUCCAGUGAUCCUUGUGUGGCCGAGAUCCAGCUUCAACAAAACAGCUAGAAACUGCCCAUUGUGAAACUUAGGGUUAGUUAAUACCUCACCAUACUCAGUUAUUCCAAUAUAAGCUGUCUAAAUUUGAUAAAAUUUGCUUUUUCAGCUGUUCUACAAAAUUAUUUAGGUAGAUGUGGCAUGUUGGUUUUUUAUGUGCUAAUCUAACUGUAAUGACCUUUUCUACAACAUGUUUUAUCCAUUCCAUAAAUAAUAACCACACUGGGAAUAGUGAGGUGUCUUUUAUUUUCUCUGCUUUGGGUUAUUUUUCCUUAUCAAACUAUUAGAUGUUAUGUUUCACAUUAUUUUAUAUUUAUUUUCACAUUUAGGAUAAGAAUCACUUUUAAUUAUAACACUUUUAAUACUUUUAAUAUUUUACACUUUUAAUAUUUUACAACAGUAUACUAUUUUAAUAUUAAUGAUUUAAUUCUAUUUUUUGCUUUGCCAUUUUGUCAUUUAAUAUGCUUUUGUCUAAUUUUUCAUUCAUCUGUAACUGCUACUCCUUAAUUUUGCAUCUGCUAUGGUUUUCAGAAUCUGAAUGGUAUUUAUAUUUCUUUUUUAUAACAUUUUCCAAAUAUUAGAAAUACCAUCAACAUGAUCAAUAUUCUUGCCUUUUCAUGUAAUUUGACUAUAUUAAAUUAUUUCUCCA